AUGGGAUUUUCAUGUUCUAAACAAAAAGAUGAUCAUGUUGACAAAAGAAUAGAAAUAAAAAACCAGGAGUACAUUCUUCAAAGUUAGAGUACCAGUAAAGAAGCGAUUGACUUCAUAGAAAGUACUUCUUUGGCUAAUACAAUGAGAACUAAGCCCAUCAAAUCUUAUUUAGCUGAACAAAUUGAGAAAUAAUAAAUUCAGUUGGAUUCGUGUGAAAUCUUGGCUGACAGGAUAGAGGCCAAAUCAAAAUUGAUAAUACGAAGCUAUAAUCAUUUUACUGAAAAAGCUUUAAAGAUAAAGUCUAUAGUACUUGAUUAUUACAGAAAUGAAUAUGUAAAUUAUAUAAAUUCCAAUCUUGAUACAAUUACUAAUAAAGAAUAUAUAUAAAAAGAAACAAUUCAAGUAAAAUUAUUGUGAUUACAAUUCAUAGUUACUUGUUGAAACUACAAUCAUUUUGAAUUGUCUUAUGGACAAGAACUUUGAUGAUGAAGUUGAACUCUGGUGGGGAAACAAUUACUUUAGCGAUCGAAUCUAACUUUUAGCUCUUACUGCUACUGAUUGUGAAGAUAACGCAGACAAUAUCACAUUCCCCAUACUUCAGUAUAUAAAGGCAUUGAAAAAUAAAAUUAUCUAUGUGAUGCCAGUGCAAUCCAAUCAACCUAAAUCAAUAUCUAAUAGUGUUGCUAUCACUAAUGUUCAUCUAACUCAAUUCUACAAAGAUCUCAAAAUGGAAUUUGCCAAAAAGGUCGAAGAUGAAGAUAUCAGUUCUUGA